AUGACAAUGGAGGAGAUGAAGAAUGAAGCGGAGACAAACUCCAUGGUAUCCAUGACUCUCUACGCUGUGAUGUACCCUGUUUUUAAUGAGUUGGAAAGGAUCAACCUAUCAGCAGCGCAGACGCUCAGAGCGGCCUUCAUCAAGGCAGAGAGGGAAAACCCUGGCCUGACUCAGGACAUCAUCAUGAAGAUCUUGGAGAAGAAAAACGUCCAAAUCAACUUCACCGAAUCGUUGCUACGCAUGGCCGCUGACGAUGUGGAGGAGUUUACCAUCGACCGGCCCGAGCAGGAGUUCCAGGACCUGAACGACAAGGCCCGGGCACUGAAGCACAUCCUCAGCAAAAUCCCGGAUGAGAUCAAUGACAGAGUACGCUUCCUGCAGACUAUCAAAGAUAUAGCCAGCGCCAUUAAAGAGCUCCUGGACACGGUCAACAACGUCAUUAAGAAGUAUCAAUACCAGAAUCGCAGAGCUCUGGAGCAUCAGAAAAAGGAGUUUGUGAAGUACUCGAAAAGCUUCAGCGACACCCUCAAAACGUACUUCAAAGAUGGAAAGGCGAUCAACGUCUUCAACAGCGCAAAUCGGCUCAUUCACCAAACCAACCUCAUCCUGCAGACCUUCAAGACCGGCGCCUAG